AUCCUUCAUAAUAUGACUCUCAACAGGAUGUAUGCUGACAGAAACUGAGGGCUGAUGUUUUUAAACUUAUUUCUAUGUGGAAAUACAUUUUAACUUUUUGUUUUUACUUUUACUGCUGGUUAAAAUCAGAGAAAGACGAGACAGGGAGCAGGAAUGGCUCAACAAGCCGCAACAUGACUGUCAGUGACUUCAUUCAGAGUGAAGCAAGGUGUGCGGAUGACUUGGAGCUGUUAAAGGGAGGGAGCAGGAGAGAAGGAAGUGAAGUUAGACGGGGCUAUAAGUCAGUAAUGGGACUGUCUUCGUUUUCUAGUGUGAAGAGGAAAAUAUCUUCGAGUUGUUUUUGCGUCUCCGGUGCGCAAACAGGCCCCCGGCAGCGGGCGUUACCGGUGGCACUGUGGCGCACAGGACUGCUGCUCAGCUUCCUCGGUUUCUGCGCCUGCCUAGAGGAAGAGUGCGUCCUUGGCAUUGUUGGACGGACAGUGUCACUGCCCUGUGUUAACCCUCAGUUAUUGAACUUUGUGAAUAUUUCCAUUGAGUGGAGGAGAGGUGAAGAAGUGGUGCUCAGAUCAGUGUGGACAGAGGAUGGAGAUGUGGAGGAGUGGAGCAUUAACAGGGCCACAACUCCAGUUGAUGCUGCACUGACCGGGAACUUCUCUCUGCAGCUGCCCGCAGUUGGUCCCACAGAGGACAGAGUAAAUUACAGUCUCUUCGUCAUUUCAGGGGGGAAUCAGAGCACUGAGCUGUGCACCGUGUGCCUCAGGACAGCAGCCAGUUUCAGCUUCCCAAAGCUGCAGAGAGAAGAAGCAGAGGAGGGAGAGGAGACAAGCGUCUGGUGUCGCUCCAGUGGAGGUUUUCCUGAACCCACAGUUUACUGGCUCAUCAACAACACAGAGGAGCCCCCCGAAGGCUCAGUGACGACCCUGGCAGCACCAGUCCCAGACACCCAGCUGUACAACAUCACAAGCCACCUGACCGCCAACAUUUCCAAAGACGCAAGCGUGUCGUGCGUCAUUAAAAACCCAUCCAUGAAUGAAACCCUGGCAUCCACAAACUAUGGAGGGAGGGGCAGCCCUGUCAUUGGUCGAGCAUCACAGGGCAUGUGGAUGUUCAGCACAGGGCUCUGUGUGGUGGUUGGCGUCAUGGUGUUGGCAGGAGUCAUCUAUCAGAUUCACCUGGACAGGAUAAGUAAGAGGAAGAAGAAAGAGUACCAGAAGGAGCACCCAAACAGAGGAUACAAAAGGCGAAGUCCGUACAGGGAGGAGACUGAGGCGAUGAAGCCGGAGCGAAAGGAGACGGACGUGUAAAACAAAUCUUCAUUAACUGUCACUUUCCUUAGUUGAGGCAGCGGAGCACUGAUUUGUAAAUAUUUGUUGUGACAGCAGGGAUCACCGCUUCAAUAUUCAACAAGUGGUGGGUUUUUCAACAGACCAUGUAGAUACUGUUGUACGUUUAGUUUCUGUAAGAUAAUAAGGCAUCUCAUCACUUCACCUGCUCAGGAGUCUUCUGUGUUUGCUGGACACUUCCUGUUUCCCUCAGGCAGCAGCUGUGAUGUUUAAAGUUUUAAUAAAGAGGCUCAAACUCAAA